AUGUAUGAAAGUGGUAAAAAAGGUUCUCCAAAAUCAGCCGGUAAAAAACGCAAAAAGGGUGAGAAUGAAAUCAUGUCCAAAUCAAAAUUAAGAAAACUGCUGAGAAAUACGGGUCAAGAAUAUGUAACAAAAAAGGGUAAAGUUGUUAAGGCAAAAAUAUUUGAUGAUAAAGAUUGUGGUUGUUCAAAACGCUGCAUGACCAAGAUAACUACAGAACAGAGACAAAAGUGCUUUGAUAAAUUCUGGAAAAUGGGUGAUUUUGGGAAACAGAAUGCAUACCUUAGUGGCUUAGUUACUCGUGAAGCAGUUAAACAACAUAGGCCUCGACUGAACUGCACCAACAGAGGACCUAAAGGAGUUACAUAUCAGUACCGUAUUAAUGUCGGUCGUGUGAGUAAACAAGUGUGCAAAAAGUAUUUUUUGCAAACAUUUCUUGUAUCUGAUGGAAGAUUAUCAAGAGCGUUAAGAAAGGAGGAAAAUGAAAAAGAACCAGGUGAGGAUUUAAGGGGGAAGAAACCUCCAGCAAAUAAAACAAGUGAAGAGCAACUGAACAGAGUACGUGAUCAUAUAAACAAGUUUCCUCGUUUCGACAGCCAUUAUAACCAUAAUCCUAAAGGAAAAUACCUGAAACCAGAUUUAAAUGUUAAAAAAAUGUAUUCAAUGUAUGCAGAACAGAGUAUAUUUAAUAAUGUUCCAUUUGUGAAAGAAAAUAUAUACAGAAGUGUUUUUAAUGAAGAAUUUAACUUAACUUUCUUGUCGCCUCGAAGAGAUCCUCCUUCUCACCUGGCUAGAUCUGAUGGUGCUAGGUCUCAAAAUAGUACUCCUCGUAAAAAAAAUUGUAAACUUCCUAUGCCUAUGGGACUUGAUGGAAUUAGACCUCCUCAACCACCGCCACCACAUCCCCCACCUCACCCAAAAUUUCCAAUGGCUCCACAGCUGUUUUGUCCAACAGAUAAUGCAAAAUGUGGUUAUAAUCAUCUGAGUGCACCACCACCACCACCACCACCUAGCUUACCCCAAGAAAAAACUGCUGUUUAUAAUCCAACUUGUCAGCCAGUUUUAACAAGUAAAAAAGGGAAACCGACUGGUAAAAAACGUGUGAGAAAUGAAAUGAACCACAAAACAAAAUUACGAAAAUUUAAAAGGAACACAGGCCAGGAGUAUGUCACAAAAAAGGGGAAAGUGGUUAAAGCUAAAGUAUUUGAAGAUAAAGAUUGUGGUUGUUCAAAACGAUGUAUGACCAAGAUAACAGCUGAGGAGAGACAGAAGUGCUUUGACAAAUUUUGGAAAAUGGGUGAUUUCUCAAAACAGAAUGCUUACCUCAGCGGUUUAGUCACACGAGAAGCAGUCAAACAGCACCGACCACGCCAGAACUGCAAAAACCGUGGACCUAAAGGGGUUACAUAUCAAUAUCGUAUUAAUGUUGGAAGAAUUAGCCGACAAGUAUGUAAAGUUUACUUUUUGGAUACAUUUGUUGUAUCUAAUGGACGAUUAGCUAGAGCUCUGAGGAAAGAAGAAAAUGAGAGAGAACCAGGUGAAGAUUUGCGUGGGAAGAAGACUCCCGCAAAUAAAACAAGUGAAGAGAACUUGAAUCGAGUUCGAGAACAUAUUAACAAAUUUCCUCGUUUUGAUAGUCACUAUGCGCAUAAUCCAAAAGGCAAAUAUCUGAAACCAGAUCUUAAUGUUAAAAAGAUGUACGGAAUGUAUCUUGAAGAAUGUCAGUUUAAAAAUGUUUCCUUUGUUAAAGAGAAUAUUUACAGAACUGUUUUUAAUGAGGAAUUUAAUCUCACAUUUUUAUCCCCUCGUAAAGAUCCAUGCCAUCAAAUGCGAUCUGAAGGUCCAAAAUCUCAAAAUCGGCCUCCAAAGAAAAAAAAUUGCCAGAAAGCACUUACACAUUUAGAACCUGAAAAUGCAAUGUUACCUAUGCGACCUCCACAAAAAUUUAACAUACCUCCUCAAAUAUUUUGCCCAACUGAAAAUGCAAAAUGCUCAUAUAAUCCUCCUAUUAAUGCAACAGGCCAUCAUCAAGAUAAAGAACCUGUUUAUGGUCCAGCCUGUCAAGCAAUUUUAGGAGGACCACCUUUUUAUCAUCAAGACCAGGGUCCUCCUGCCUUUCAUAAUCAAGCUCCUAGUUUCUUUAAUUUAUAGAGUGUUUGUGAAUAAUUACAAGUGGUUUUGAAUAAUAUUUGUAAAUAACAAUCUGAAGUUUGAAGAUUUGAUUCUCACUUUAAGUUAUAAAUUUAUAGUUUUAUUUUAUAGUUACUAUUUUAUAUUGAGCUUGGGGAAGGAGGGAAGAAAAGCUUUGUGUCUUUUGUGCAAUCUUUCUGUUUUGGUUUAGAGUCCUAAUUUGUUAUUAGAUUGAUGACUUUUUUUAUUUAAUUUAAUUUUUAAAACAUGUUAAUUAAUUUAUUUUUAAGUUGAAAGAUACUGAAUGCCCGGUGUAUGAUUUAUUUCUUGAAUUACUUGCAUAAAUAUUUAAAAAUGAAAAAAAAAAAUGACAUUCUUUAGGUGAUCUUUCUUAAAUAUCAUUUAAAAUAUUUUUUGUAUAGAUGCAACAAAUAUUCCUUCGUGUUCCAGUUGCUUUUAAUUCUUUUUGUGAAGAUAUUUAUGAUAUGAAGUACCUUGCUUUUAUACAAAAAGUAAUCUGAUUUUUAUAAACAUGAUAAUUAUGAGCUACUUAAUUUUACAUUUUGUCUGUUAUUUUUUAGUCGAGAUUUUGAAUAUGUUAUAAUUUAAUAUUUGUUUGUGCGUCUAAUUCAAAUUUUUAAUCUUAUUACUUAGUAAUUUUAUUAUUUAAUGAUUUAAAUUUUAUUGGCCCAAUCCCCCCUCCUUGAGCAGCUGAAAUUAAAAACACGUGGUGUAAGGAAAUAUAGUGUAUGUUGAGUAUUGAUGUAACAUUUGUUUAUUGAUUGAUUAUCUUAGAUUUUAGAACAUCAUAUUACAAAUUUACUUCUAUAAAUACAUGGUCAUUAAUUACUGCAGUGCAUCAGCAUUUCAUAUGCUGGAAAAUUUAUAAAAUAUUAUUACAGAUUUUAAGUUUGUGGAAUUUAUAUAAAAGUUGCUUUAUAGUAAAAACCAUGUGUCCUAUUUUUAAUAGCAGAAAACUUUUAAUAGAAAUUAUAUUCAGCUCUUAUUCCAUAUAUUUAUGAACAAAACAACAGUGGUUUUAAACUGGUGGCCUGCCGGCUCAUGAAGCAAUUUUAGAUGGCCUUCAAGUACAUUUCAGUCAUGUAUUUAUUGUAAAUACAAUGCUUAUAGUUUUAGACUUGGGGAUAUGGACAGAACUUUUGUGCACAACUGCCAUUGGAAAAAAAAAAAAAAGAGAGAGAGAGAGAGAGAUUUUGCUUUAUCACUGCAUGGUUGUAUGUCAGGUUACAUGACUGGGAUAAGGUAGAAGAACUUCCAACAUUGAUACAGCCAAGUAAAUUUAAUAUGAUGCCAACACUCGAUGGCACUUCAGUAUUCUGAGUUUUUUUAGUUUUUCCUUUUGAGUUGAUAUAUAUAUAUAAUACCAUUGGAUUGGUAUUAUAUGUGUAUACAAUACCAAUCUAGUAGGAAACUUUAAGUUUCCUUCUGUAGUUAGUUACUUGGGUGUACAGCUUAGCUGCAUUGUUCAUAUAGGUGGAGACAGUAUAACUUGUGGUUUACAAAACCUGUUCCUCUCCACUUGUUUUUAGAUCUACGUUAUAUGAGUACUUAUCAUUUAGAAUAGUGGAUAAUUUUUGAAGUAUUGCUUUCAUUUUGAAAAUUAUUCUUGUUUAGUUAAAGUUGGAAAAAAAUUAUAAUAAUGUUUAAGAAAUUAAAAUGCAAGCCAUAUCUUUAAUAAAAGAUAACAGAAAAGUAAAUGAAGAUGGGCCUUGAGUUUCAAGAUGAAUGAGAAAUUAUAUACUUUUGUGAUGUUAUGUGCGAUAAAAUUGUAUGCUUAAUGUAAUAAGGGAAUAUCAAUUCCAGUAGUAUACAUCAUCAUUAAGAAGUUAAGAAAAUCAUUAAGAAAAAUUUGGAAUGUUGGAAGGCAGAUUGAGAGUAGGAAAGCUGCAGUUUCUUAAUCUGCUUCCAAUGGCAACAUUUCUGUGUACUAUAAUAAAUUUAGUGAAGCAAGAAUUCUCUUAAAAUGUUGCUCUUGCAUACAUCAUUGCAAAACAAUUUACUGAUAGAAAGUUAUUUAGUGGCUAAUUUAACAAAUUAGAAUUAUUUGAAAUAAAUGUUAAUCGGAAAAUUUUAUUUUUAGCUGCUAGUACUUUCGAAUUACAGAGUGUAAUUAAUACAAAUGUUUUGCAAGUAUCAGAGUUUAGAUUUCAGAUAGGAAAUAAAUAUAAAUUUGAAUUUUCCCCCUUAUUUUAUUAUUGUGAUUGUUUAUGUUCUGAUAAAUAUUUUAUAUGCAAAAUUUAGUAAACAUUUUUUUUAUUUUAUUAAAAAUUUUAUAUUUCCCUAAAAGCAAGAUCUGGUUCAUCAGUUGUUUUCAGAUUAUGCAUUUGGCCCGCAUAUUAUUUGAAUUUGAGACCACUGAGCUACAUUAUGUUUGAUUACGUGCGAGAACGGCGCGCAAUGAACUGGAAGUUGAUCUGUCAGCACUAUCGUUAUCUUCAGGGCAGAUGUUUUUAUUUUAUUCAGCUUAUAAUUCCUUACCAAAUGUAGUAUUUCAUCUCGAUGUACUCCGUCUU